AUGGCGGCCCUCUCCAGAGAAGCCAUCAAGUGGCUCCAGUCGCUCGACCUCUCCUAUUCCAUCAAGAAUUACAAGCGUGAUCUGGCCAACGGCUUUCUUGUCGCCGAGAUCCUCUCAAAGUUCUAUCCGAGCGAUGUGUCCAUGCACGCCUUUGACACUGGCACGGCUUCAGCCGCAAAGAAAAACAACUGGGAUUUGCUCGAGCGACACUUUCAGAAACUCAGCAUCCCCAUCCCGCGAGAGCUGGCCCAGGCGGUCUCGCAAUCCAAGCCCGACUCGGCCGUCAAUCUCCUCUCGCUGCUCUUCACCCAUCUCUACUCAAGAAAGAGAGCAUCCAGAGCGAGCUCCUCGUCUGCAUCUCCGCAGAGAACCAUCUCGCCAUCCGUCCUGGACGACCAACUCUCCGGCAUUGAGCCAUAUGUGCGUUCCUCCUCUCCUCCAAACAAUCCAGGGGCCGCACCACAGAAAGUAGCCGCCUCGUCCAACCGGAAAGUUGCCGGUGACCCAAAAUGCAACAUUUCGAUCAUCAACCCAGAUGGUGCCAACUAUUUUCUUGGAAAGACUCCAAACACAAACGAUGCUCCGGUCGAUGUGCCUGCGCUUAGGGACGCUGACGACUUUGGCAGGGUCAGUGUGCUCAAGAUCCUCUUCACGAGCUUUGGCAUCGUCGACCCAAACAUAUCCUUCAAUCGCGGAUCCAUCCAGACAAAUGCCUUGAGGGAGCGACUCAGCUCUCGGAUCGAGUCCAUGUCCAAAGACGAGCUCGAGCGCACAUUGAGCCAGAUGGGCUCCAAGGAAAAGGACUUUGUACUCGCUCUCCAGCAUAGCCUGCCCUCAGACUCGAAUCUGAUAUUUGAAAUCAUCCUGCCUGCCGUGGCUUCGUUCUCGGCAAUGACCAAGAUAUUCAAUGCCUUUGUUUCGGUCCUGUGCUUCUUUGGCGCGGUGUUCCAGGUGGCAUUCAAUCGCGACUCGUUCCAGCGCCUUUCCCAAGCCCGAGACUACAAUCAUCUCAUCCAUCAGCUCAAGGCGUCCUCAAUCGAAAAGUUCCCGUACGUCGCCAGUAUCGUUCAGUCCUUCAUGAAUUCGCACAUGAGCGACCAGGAGAAAGCCCGGGUUCUGCUGACCCUGAAGUCGCAAAUGACCCAGCCGAGCUCUACCAAAGGCCAUGCCACCCUGAGCAUUCCCACUUCUCCACAAAGCCUGUUUCUGCUGUUCUUGUGCUCACUGCUCUACUGCGACCAAAACAAGCACACCAACUUUCAAAGCCAGGCACAGUACACCACCCUGCAUCUCUCCGAGUGUCUUACCUUCAUCAACACCCACCGUCGACUCUAUCGCCGCACCAAUGCCGUAUCCGGAUCGAUCCCGGUCCUGCUCUCGAGCCCAUGUGAAAUGCUUGAAAUCUCGGCCGCUUUGCUGAUCAUGGCUGCCCUGAUCCGACAUGGAAUCCAAAUCAGCGACGAGCUUCUGACGGAGCUGAUAGAUGAAUCGGAUUCUAGCGGACUCAAGAGCUGCCUUGCAUCUCCACACUGUCCCACCCACUUUCUGAAGGCUUGGAUGAGAUUCGUGACAUCUGUCCUCGAGAGCAGGCAGUUUGACUCACCUGUGAUGGCUGGGGCCCGCAGCGCCAUCGCCUCGUUUCUACGAUGGGCACCGGAUGAGGUCUUGCGAGACACCCUGGUCGUCCUGUCGCCACUCCUCCUUCAUCAUCCGCAGCUGUGCACGCCGUUUGUUCGAACCUUCAUCAACCUCAAAUCAGAGCUUCAGAACCAGCUUCUGAAGAACGGACCGUCGUCAGUGAGCUUUGAGCUGCCUUUUAUGGCUCGGCAAAAGUUUCCAAGUAUCCUGCACACCUGGUAUACGUUUGGGGUAGCAGCGGGAGUGACAAAUACGGUUAUCUCCGAGACCCCAAGCGCCCUGUCUGCAGCCCAGCUUCAGAUCCUGGGCAGCUGCCUGAUCCAGGUCAACUUUAUGUCUGAAUCCGAGCUCGGAGAACAGCAGCAGCAGCAGUUGCUGCCCAACAAGACCUCAAGCACCUUGCCGACACUCGAGUCCACCGACCAGACCGACCAGACGAGCAUCCGCAAGUGGACCGCUCUGUUCCUGAAGAUCCAUCCGGCCCUCUAUGUGGCCCUGUCGGAUCCAGAGUGCUGUCGCAUGGCGUGUGACGCCAUCGAUGGAUUCUCAAAGCUGAUUGGCGAGGAUGUGCUUCCGACACUACCCAGUCUCAUUGCCACCAUCUUUCACAUCUACAUGACUGGCCGCAGCGGCACCCGCGAGAUUGUCACGGCCUGGAUCCACCGCUGGUGCCAAGGCCCCCACACCGAGGACAACAACAUCCACUAUCCACCGACACCGGAGCAGAGCCGGGUCAUGAGGUUUACCUUUGACAGCAUCUCUCAGCACUUUCCUGGUCUCGCGGUUGGGUUCCCGGAGCUGUCCAAGGCUCUCAGUCUCCGAGCAUAGUCUGUACGCUGUGGAUUGAUGGGCUGGGGCGUGUGUUUCUAGUAUCCAAAGCAAGCUCGCCAGAGAAACAGAGCUGCGUGCCCCCGGC